CUCAGUCGUGACUCAAGCCCACAAAGAUAUGACACUUGAUCAGUUUGAAUGAGGCCAACCUGGACACCAAAUUGCUACCGAAGUCCAGCUACUCACCUCUAUUUAAUCCUUUGGCUUUGGGGGGCUGGUUGGACCCAAGCCAUCUUGAGGAACUCUAGCCUGAGAACCCAGAGGAAAAAACUCUGUCGCAAAUCCAGCAUCAAAAUUGGGCCGCAACAUUGACACCGCCGCUGGCGGGCUUUGCGUUAAUCUCGCCAAGCCGACUACAAACCUACGUACCGUAGGUACCUUAAGGCGGCUACGGGUAGACAAGUACCCAGUGCCGACCCAUCUCCAGAUAUCGCUCUCUGGCAGACGAGAUCUGCGGAACUGGGCCAAGGAAGAGAACAGGUCACGAACGAACAGAGCAAAUCUCAAAAUGCCUGUGGCAAGCCCUGAAAAACUGGCACAGCUCCAGCAGCAUGCCGACAACAUCAGGAAUAUCUGUAUUCUUGCACAUGUGGACCAUGGGAAGACGUCUCUCACAGACGCUCUACUGGCCACCAAUGGCAUCAUAUCGCCCAAGCUAGCCGGGAAGAUUCGCUAUCUGGACUCGCGUCCCGACGAACAGACCAGGGGUAUCACUAUGGAGUCCUCCGCCAUCUCUCUACUCUUUUCAAUGGUCAGGAGAAACGGCCCGGACCAGGAGCCCAAGCCCAACGACUACUUGAUCAACCUUAUCGACUCACCCGGCCAUAUCGACUUCAGCAGCGAGGUGUCGACGGCCUCCCGUCUGUGCGACGGGGCAGUCGUUCUAGUCGAUGCAGUUGAGGGCGUCUGUAGUCAGACAGUCACCGUCUUGCGUCAAACCUGGAUCGAGAAGCUAAGGCCUCUGCUCGUCAUCAACAAGAUCGACCGCCUCGUGACCGAGCUCAAAAUGACACCAUCCGAGGCCUACAUCCACCUUAGCAAAAUCCUCGAGCAGGUCAAUGCCGUGCUCGGAAGCUUCUUCCAGGGCGAGCGCAUGGAGGACGACCUCAACUGGCGCGAGAGGAUAGACCAGCGCGUUGCCGCCGCCGCGGCAUCCAAGGAGGCCGAGCUUGCGGACAUGCUUGACGAUGCCACUGAUUUGGACUUUGAGGAGAAGGACGACGGGGACCUAUACUUCGCCCCUGAAAAGAACAACGUCAUCUUUGCCAGCGCCAUCGACGGCUGGGCCUUUACCGUACGCCAGUUUGCCGCACUCUACGAGAAGAAGCUGGGGAUCAAGCGCAACCUGAUGGAGAAGGUCCUCUGGGGCAACUUCUAUCUCGACCCAAAGACCAAAAAGGUCCUUGGACAAAAGCACCUCCGAGGCCGAGCACUGAAGCCAAUGUUUGUCCAGCUCGUGCUCGAGCAGGUCUGGGCCGUCUACAGCGCUACCACAGGCGGAGACUCGGGCCGAGGGGACACUGCCCUGCUCGAGAAGAUCACCAAGUCUCUGGCUAUCACGGUCCCUCCGCACAUCCUGCGUGCAAGAGAUCCCCGCCUGCUGCUAACCACAGUUUUUGCCUCUUGGCUGCCGCUUUCCGUCGCGCUCCUUGUCUCAGUUGUUGAAUCGCUCCCGUCGCCGCGGGCCGCGCAGGCAGAUCGCCUACCGGAGCUGCUGCGGUCGUCGCCUGGCGCCGAGCACAUCGACGCCGCGGUUCGUGACGCCAUGGUGUCCUUCAAGACGUCAGAGUCGGUUCCGGUGGUGGCGUACGUGAGCAAGAUGGUCUCGAUGCCCGCGAGCGAGCUUCCUGAGAACAAGAGACGGAACGGAACGCUCAGCCCCGAGGAGGCGCGAGAUCUCGCCAGACGAAAGCGAGCAGAGGCUGCCCGGGCCCAGGCCGCUGCUGCCAGCGAUGACACUGUCAGUGGCCUUGUAGAAACGUUCGGCACGACAGGCUUAGGAGGUCCGGCCGACCCGGAGCCUGAACCCGAGGCGGAGCCUGAGCAUCUGAUAGGGUUCGCCCGGAUAUACUCGGGCUCCCUCUCGGUUGGGGACAGCAUCUAUGUUCUUCCGCCGAAGUUCUCGCCGGCGACCCCGCACUCGAGCCCCCAGCCACAGAAGGUGACUGUCGAAGCCCUGUACAUGCUCAUGGGACGCAGUCUCGAGAGCCUAAACACGGUGCCUGCGGGCGUGGUGUUCGGCAUCCGGGGCUUGCAGGGCUCUGGAAUCCUGAAGUCGGGGACGCUGUGCAGCAGGCUCGAGGGCGCCGUCAACCUCGCUGGUGUUGGUGCUGCCGUUGGCCGGCCAAUCGUGCGUGUUGCCCUUGAGCCGGUGAACCCGGGAGAUCUGGACAAGAUGAUCGCCGGGCUGAAGCUCCUCGUCCAGAGCGAUCCCUGCGCCGAGUACGAGCACUUCUCCAGUGGCGAGCACGUACUCCUCACCGCGGGGGAGCUGCACCUCGAGCGGUGCCUGACAGACCUGCGCGAGCGCUUUGCCAGGUGCGAUGUCCAGGCCGGCGCUCCGAUCGUGCCGUACCGCGAGACCAUCGUCCGGGCCGAGGAGAUGCGCCCUCCGGCCAAUAAGGACCUGGGAAGAGGCGUCGUCGUCACGACGACCAGCUCCAAGCAGAUCACCGUCAAGCUGAGGGUCAGCCCGUUGCCCGGAGACGUGACAGACUUCAUCUCUAAGAACAGCGCCACCAUCAAGCGCAUGUCUUCCGACCCAGGCACAAGCAGCGACGCAGCCGCGCAGGACGUUAGCAGCGCUCAGGAGGCAGACAGCACGAGCGGCGAGGCCGGCGACGAGCACGUGGCCGAGGCCAAGGAGACCAUAUCCCCGGACGAGUUCAAGGCCCGUCUGCAGGCCCUGCUCGAGGACGGGAAGGCCCGCGACGCAUGGAAGAACACGGUCGACCGGAUAGCCGCCUUCGGCCCGAGGCGGACGGGGCCCAACAUCCUGGUCGACGGCACCUCCGGCGGGUUCCUGCAGCGGGUCUUCGCAGCAGAAAGGGGCGGCAGCGGCGGCGGUAGGCCGGCCGACCCCGCGGCCGAUGAGCGGCUGAGCGCGGCGCACUUCUCGGACAAGAUCACGUACGCGUUCCAACUGGCCACGGCCCAGGGCCCGCUCUGCGGCGAGCCCGCGCAGGGCCUCGCCGUCACAAUCGAGGACGUAGAGCUCUCGGCGGCCGACGACGACGGGACGCCCGCCCGCGACAGCCUGGGCCGCCUGACGGGCGAGGUGAUCAAGGCCGUGCAGCAGUCGGUCCACAAGGGCUUCCUGGACUGGUCGCCCCGCCUGAUGCUGGCCAUGUACUCGUGCGAGAUCCAAGCGAGCACCGAGGUCCUCGGGCGCGUGUACGACGUCAUCACCCGGCGGAGGGGCCACGUCCUGUCCGAGGCCAUGAAGGAGGGCACACCCUUCUUCACCAUCCAGGCCCUGCUCCCCGUCGCCGAGUCGUUCGGGUUCGCCGACGACAUGCGCAAGCGCACCAGCGGCGCCGCCCAGCCCCAGCUCAUAUUCACGGGCUUCCAGGUCCUGGACGAGGACCCCUUCUGGGUCCCCUUCACCGAGGACGACCUCGAGGACCUCGGCGAGUUUGGCGACCGCGAAAACGUCGCCAAGAGGUACAUGGACGGCGUGAGGCGCCGCAAGGGCCUCCUCGUCGAGGGCCGCAACGUCGCGACGGACGCCGAGAAACAGAAGACGCUCAAGCGUUGAUACACAUGUCGAUAGUCUGUUUAGAUAGAUACUGCAUUUCAAAUGUUAGCCGGGUCACUGAUCUGGCUCAGGACCAGCCAGCCUCAGGUCACAAGAGUAGCCAGCGGACAGACAAGUAUCUUGCCAGAACGAGAUUUUCGAAUUGCCUAUGCUAUAAUCAUCUCC